AUGUGGACCCACAACUUAUAUGCCAACCACAACAACAACAACAACAACAACAACAGUUCAUUACACGACUACUCCAACACCCACUACUACAAUCUCAACAUCGACAGCUCCAUCUUCAACAAAAACAACAACUCGGCCUUCCACCCCUACUACAACUCCAACAACUACUCCUACAUCAACCUCAACAGGAGAAUCAACUACCCAGUGCAGUGCUCCAUCUUCAACAAAAACAACAACUCUGCCUUCCACCCCUACUACAACUCCAACCACUACUCCUACAUCAACCUCAACAGGAGAAUCAACUACCCAAACGGUGAAAGCUGGAUACAUAACCAGUGCAUCAAUGGAACAUGCGCCAACGGGACCGUUAGUUAUGAGUAUGUACAUUGUGAGACUCCGAAGCCUAUAGCAUGUGAAAAUAACUAUCCUCCAAUCCAAGUGUAUGACGAAUCUGGAUGCUGUUUCCACUAUGAGUGUCAAUGUAUUUGCUAUGGUUGGGGAGACCCUCACUAUGUCACCUUUGAUGGAACAUACUAUGGCUUCCAAGGAAAUUGUUCUUACGUCUUGGUCAAAGAAAUCCUGCCAAAGUACAACUUCAGUGUUGUAAUCGACAAUUACUAUUGUGAUGCCCCAGAUGGACUUUCCUGUCCUCAGUCUCUGACAAUUUAUUAUCAAUCUUACGAGAUAUUCAUGACCAAGAAGGACGUUGAUGGAGUUUUCACAAGUCUGAUUGAUGUAAACCAGCAACGCAUCAUCCCAGCAUAUGAGACCAAGGACUUCCGCAUCACAGACAACGGAAUUGAGACCCUUUUAGUCAUACCAGCAAUUAAUGCCAAGGUGUCUUUCACUGGUCUUAUGUUUAGCAUAUACCUGCCCUGGGCCAAGUUCAGUGGCAACACUGAGGGACAGUGUGGGACAUGUGACAACAACCGGACAGAUGACUGUCGCUUGCCAAAUGGGACUAUCGAUUCAUCUUGUCCUGACAUGGCACACCAAUGGCAUGUUGCUGACCACAAUAACAGUCAGUGCACGCCACCACCACCAGAGCCGACACCAACACAACCACCAGGCUGCGAUCCACCCAUUUGUCAUCUCAUUCAAAGCGAGGUCUUUGAGAGUUGCCAUAAGGUAAUCCCCUACGAACCAUUCCUUGUGGCAUGCAUCUUUGAUGUGUGUCAUAUGAGUGAGGUCAAAAUUGGCUGCACCAGCAUGCAGACCUAUGCUGAUGCAUGUGCACAAGCAGGAGUCUGUAUUGAGUGGAGAAAUUAUACAAAUGGACAAUGUGACUUCACAUGCGAGAAACCCAAGGUUUAUAAUGCCUGCGGCCCACAAGUUGAACCAACCUGUAAUGCCAGGUACAAUUUCAAAUUCAUCCAGACUCAAAAUGAGUUCAGUGUCAUGGGAGAUAUACAAAUGGAGGGAUGUUAUUGCCCCAAUGGUACCAUUCUGAUGAGUUCCACUUCAAACUACUGUAUCCCCAGCUGUGAUAUUUGCCCAUUGCCAAAUGGAGAAUGGAAAGAGGCAAAUGAGACCUGGGUGAGCAACUGCCAGGAUUGUGUUUGUGAACCGUACAGUCUGGGAAUCCAAUGCCAGCCUGUGGCAUGCCAACAUCAGCCUCCUCUCACCUGUGAUCAGGAGGGCCAAGUUAAGGUCGUAGAAACUGUUGACUGUUGUCAAAAGGACAAAUGCGAGUGUGAUGUCAAACGAUGCUCUACUUCCAAGAUAACUUGUCCAGUCGGAUUCGAGACAGAGGCAACUAUGGGAGUCUGUUGCCCAACUUAUCAAUGCUUGCCAAUGGAUGUCUGUGUAUUUAACAACACUGAAUAUCAGCCUGGUGCCAAUGUUCCUGAGGACAAGUGUAAGAAUUGUGUGUGUGGUGACAGGGUGGAUCCCCAAACCCAUCUACAUAUCAUUGAGUGUCAACCUACUGAAUGUGACACUCACUGCCAGCAGGGCUAUGAUCAUCAAGCCGUUCCUGGACAGUGUUGUGGAAAGUGUGUACAGACAAGCUGUGUGGUUAUGCUGCCAGAUAACACCACACACACUAUUCAGCCUGGUUCCGUCUGGAUACCAUCUGGAGACAAGUGUCUCAAGUUUGAGUGCGUAAAGAUUAUGGACCAACUCAUCACAAUGGAGGCUAAAACUGUGUGCCCUGACUUCUACCCAGAAGACUGCAUACCCGGAACUGAAGUCAUUGCUCCAGAUGGUUGCUGCCAUGUCUGUAUUCCAAUAAAUAAGCCAUGCAACGUGACAAAGGGCAAAGUGUAUCUGGACAGCAAUGGCUGCAAGUCUGCAAACGAGGUGGAAGUGACAACAUGUGGUGGAUCAUGUAGCACCUAUGCCAUGUAUUCUCUUGAGGCCAACAUGAUGGAGCGCUCUUGUACCUGCUGUCGGGAAGUAUCCACCACCAAGAAGGAAGUGGAGAUGAUCUGCCCAGACGGGUCAAAGUACAACCACUCCUACAUCCACAUCAAUAAAUGUGGCUGCCAGAGGACAGAGUGCGUGACCCCGGAGGAGACCCAGGUCACAAGGUCACGACGCAGGAGAAGAUGAAUGACUCGCCACUACCAUCCCUUUACUGCUUAGAUUAGUUCUCUAUUUAUGUUCAACUUGUUCACUUUCCUGCAAAGUACUCUGCUAAAAGUAGGAGAAAUAGUUUUAGCUUUUUUGUCUAAUUUUGUUU